ACGCCCCGCUGCCUUCUUUCUGUUUCCACCGCGUCCCCAAGUUUCUCCACGCCCCGUGUUCCCUGCGCCUCGCUCGCCUGCGUUCCGCCUGCCCCGCCCGGGACGUGUGCGUUGGUGGGCGGCCGCUCCGGCGCGCCUGUCCGGCGAGUCGCAGUCCGGGCACCGGCUGCUGAGGAUGCGAUCCCGGGCGAAGGAUGGGGGAGCGAGCGGAGGAGCGGCAGAGCGGGACCGGGGCUCGCUCCCCGCCGCCAGCCCUUAGCUUGUGCCACGGCUUGCUCGUCGCAUUCUGCGCUGCCGCCUACUGCAACGGGCUGUCCGGCGAACUGGUGCACGACGAUGUCUGGGCGAUCGUCAACAACCCCGACCUGCGAGCCUCCGCCCCGCUCCGGGGCAUCUUCUCCAACGACUUCUGGGGCAAGAGCAUGGGGGACAACACUAGUCACAAGUCGUACCGACCGCUCUGCAUCCUCACCUUCAAGUUAAACAUCCUGUUGGGUGGUAUGAACCCACUGUACUUCCACAUGGUCAACGUGGGUCUGCACUGUGCUGUGACCUUGCUGUUGCUCCACACGUGUGACAAGGCCGUGUUCCGGGACCGGCGUCUUGCGUUCUUCGCCGCUGUUGUCUUUGCCGUGCACCCUGUCCACACUGAAGCUGUAACUGGAAUCGUGGGGCGAGCUGACGUAUUGGCUUGUGUGCUCUUCCUGUUGGCCUUCCUCUCCUACCUUAGGAGUGUGAAUUGUAAUUACAUCGGGGAAAAGUUUCCGCCCACCAGCUCACCAGUUUACUUAUUGCUGAGCUUGUUCCUUGGGACCUGUGCGAUGUUAGUCAAAGAGACAGGAAUCACUGUCUUUGGAGUGUGCCUUAUCUACGAUCUCCUUGUUCUGUGCUCUAAAAGACUUCUGAUAAACCUCUCUACUGACAGAAUCAAAGGACUCCAUAAAGUCUCUGCACCAUACCUAAAGAGAGCAGUUAUUGUAACUCUGUAUGUGCUCCUCAUUCUGUUUUUCCGAGUAUGGAUCAUGGCUGGCUCCAUGCCCAACUUCUCAGAGCAGGACAACCCAGCUUCUUUCUCCCCUUACCUCCUCACCAGGUUUCUCACGUACUCUUACCUGCUGACCUUCAAUGCCUGGCUGCUGUUGGCACCCAUGACCCUCUGCUACGAUUGGCAAGUAGGGAGUAUUCCUCUGGUGGAGUCUUUGUGGGACGGGCGGAAUCUGGCGACGGCGGCGUUUGGUCUGGGCAUGGUCCUUCUGACUCGGAACUGCUUCCUCUCUGUCCUGAAACAAGAGCAUAGGGAGGUUUUGGUGGGCUUGCUUUUCCUGGUCUUCCCAUUCAUUCCAGCCAGCAACCUCUUUUUCCGAGUGGGGUUUGUGGUGGCAGAGCGGGUGCUGUAUAUGCCCAGCAUGGGAUAUUGCAUCCUUGUAGCCCAUGGGCUGAACCGAUUGUGGGGAGUCCUCAGUAAAUGGGGAACCAGCAUCGUCACCGUGUCCUCCUUACUCGUGCUUGGAUUGUUCUUCUGGAAGACCCUGAGACAGAAUGAAGUGUGGCUCUCUAGAGAAUCGCUGUUCAGAUCUGGAGUGCAGACUUUGCCCCUGAAUGCCAAGGUGCACUAUAACUAUGCCAAUUUCCUGAAAGACUAUGGUCGCCAUGACGAAGCAGUGUAUCAUUACAAAACAGCUCUGAGGCUCUACCCUCGACAUGCCAGUGCACUGAACAAUCUUGGCACCUUGACAAAGCAUGUGUCGGAGGCAGAGGAUCAUUACAGACAAGCCUUGAAACUGAACCCACAACAUAACCGAGCUCUCUUCAAUCUGGGCAAUCUGCUGAAGUCUCAGCAGAAGCUGCCCGAGGCUGAACAAUUACUGCGUGACUCCAUUAGGUCAGGUCCUCAGUUUGCCGAUGCCUACUCCAGCCUUGCAGCUCUGCUGGCUGAACAGGAUCGAUUUGAAGAAGCUGAUGAGAUGUAUGCAAGAGGAAUUGAAAACUGCCCUGAGAACUCAGACCUACACAACAACUAUGGGGUCUUCUUGGUCGAUAGAGGAGAUGGGAACAGGGCUUCUAGUCAUUACUUGCAUGCCAUUCGGCUAAAUCCCAAACACUAUGUUGCCAUGUUGAAUCUCGGCCGACUGCUGCGCUCAGCCAACAACAACAAAGAAGCCGAAACCUGGUAUAAACGAGCACUUGAUGUUACUAGGACUGUGGAUGCUCUCUCCCCUCUGGGGGCUCUGUACUACAACACAGGGAGGUAUGAAGAGGCCUUGCAGAUCUACAAAGAGGCUAUCAUAAUGCAGCCCCAAAACAGUGAGCUACAACUGGCAGUGGCCCAGGUCCUGUCGGUGGCUGGUAGAGCCAGAGAGGCUGAAAGGCUCAUCAAGCAGGUGGCAAGUGAAAGGGGCAACUGUCUGGAGUGCCAGCGACUCCUGUCCGUUAUCCACAGUAAGAGGGGGAACUUGAAAGAGGCACUUGACGCUGUGAAAGAGGCUGUCCAAAUGAAGCCCAAAGAUCCAAAAGUCCUAGCGGAACUUUAUUUUUCUGAAGGAAAUCUUCUGAGGGAGCUGAAUAGGCUGGACGUGGCUUUUGAGAGCUAUAAGCAGGCGGUAGAGCUGAGUCCAGAUCUGUCGCAGGCUUGGAUGAACAUGGGUGGGAUUCGACAUAUUAAGGGCGACUACGUUGCAGCACGUAGCUACUAUGAGAAGGCCCUGGAGCUGGUGCCGAACAGCAAGAUUCUGCGCGAAAACCUCAACAAGCUGGACCGGCUGGAGAAGAGGUUGCAGGCAGGCAGCAGGGUCAAGCAGAGCCCUCAAGACCAAGGCACAGGGUGACGGAGCAGGUUCGCUCUCAGCUUCUGUGUGGCACAGCAAGAAGUGAAGGUAUAUUAGUGGUUCUUAUGGUGUCCUCAGUGACUGAAACAACAGAGGAAUCUAUCUACCAUGAAGAAAUGAGAAGGCAUUGAUUGUAUUAUGACUGGCAUUUACUGAGACUGCUACACCUGCCUUGCUUCAAGCUUCUGCAGUGUGGGGACACCUUCUCAGCCUCUGAUUUGGUGAUGCUCAACAUGAUGAAGAAACUCCCAGCUUUAAUUCAGAACCACAUAAUUUAGCCUUUCUUUGAAUGGCUCUUGUUUAGUAGACUCUGACGCAGCUUAAUACAAUACACAGGAGGAAAAUUAUCAAACCAAAUUGUUUUCGUCAGUAAAGAGCAAAAUUAAAGACAUCCAUUGUAGAUCAUUUUGCUCCUGCUUGUAUCAAAGCAAGCUGACUAAUGGGUGUCUGAAGCUGACAUGGUUUCAUCCUACUGGAAAUUCUUUGUGAAUAGCAUGCAAUGAAAACAGUCGGGGACGGUGUUAGUUGCAAUGCAUCGAAUAUUGAUUGCAGUGUACAGUGUGUCUGUGUUGAUCCAUAGGUCAUUUUCUUGUCUGAAAAAGUUCACAUGAAAUGUUAAGAUGCACAGUCAAUGAUCAGACACUAGUGAGGUAAAUCACAAAGGCAGAAACAGGCAAGCUUUACUUUAAAUGUUGAGACACAAGAGUCUGCUUCCUGUGAAAGUGUUUGUUCUUCUGAUCCUUUGGAGGGUCAGUGGGUCAUUGAUUUAAUGUCAGUAAUGGAGGGAUGAGACUAUGUGCCAGUGUCUGCCUCCAGUUUAAUCCUGCAUGAGAUGAGUUUAAAAUUGCUGGGAUUAACAUCCUGAUGGGGCACUGGAGGAGAAAAGUCUGGACACAUCUCAGAUAAAGUUUGGAAACUGAUAGGUCUGUUCCUCACAAUCAAACUGAUUGUGAGUGCACAAUGUCAAACCAAGAGACCUUCCUGAGCUUACCUGCCUUUGAUCGAAGGGUCGCCUCUCUCUGACUGUCAGCUCUUGUGGUGGCAGAGCUGUUAGUGAUGUUCUGUGUUGGCCUUCCAGUCUGGAUGUUCUCCCACAGCUAGGGGUUCGGUUGACUGUCCUGACCUUUAUUCCCAAACUUUGAAUGGGCAAGGGGCAGGGCUUCCUGGUGUGCCCGAAAUGUGCCAGGGACGGUAGCCAGCAUCACAAGAGAAAUGAAGAUUGGAAAACCUGUUUUAUUGAGAAGGGAAAAGUUCACUUGACCUGGAUUUCUUUUGAAAUAUUUGGAUCAUCUCACAUGUAAAAACAAAAUAGGUUAGUUUCUAAUUCUCUCCCUGAAGUGCUGGCAAGAUUGACAUUAAGUUCUGCUCAGAUUGUUGAGUGAUUUUUUUUCUUUAUGUAGUUUUAUACUGGUAUUAUAGGCGCAGAUUAGAGAAGCACAGUGAUAUUUUGGAAGUGAACAUGUCUGUGAGUUUCCAGCUUCUUCCCCGCUUCCCCCUCCCUUAACUGAGCUACCCAUGGUUAUCCUCCCGCUACUGUCAGUGUUUCAGACUGCCCUUCCGCUCUACAAAUCCAGGCGGUUUUACUGCGAGUCAAAUCAGCCAUUUGUAUCAGAGCACAUAUUGUAUCAUAACAUUGUGAUGAGAUUAAAGUGGCAACAAUUGAAAAAUUAAUCAUUCAGUGGGUGAUCAGAUACCUAAUGUUGGGUCAUUUGAAAUUAGAUUUCUUAUUUAAUCUGAAAGUGUGACCUCUGAUUCCUGUCCUUUAGACUCCAGUUAUACUACAAAACUGUUUUCAGUAUUUCUAUUUUUACAUAGAAUGUAUAAUUUAUUUAUGAAAAAUAUUAAAACCAUAAUAUAUUUA